GAAAAAUUAUAUUAAAUUGAUAAAGAAUUAGGAGGAACAUCAAAAAAACAAAAUGAUGCAAAAGAUACAUAAGGAGAAUUUGAAAAUAUGUACAAUGAAACUAGAAGAAUAAUGCUAGAUAUAAAAAAGAAAAUAGAAUUUAUUGAUUAAGUAAAAGUAAGAAAUAAAGAUGUUAUAUAACAGGAAUAAGAAAUAAGAGAUUAAUUACAUAAUUGUGAAGAUUUAAUUAGUUAAUUAAAUGAAAUAUUAAAAAAAUAAGCUAAUAAACCAAAAUAAUAUGAUAGAAAUGAUGUUAAUAAAAGAGAUAAAAUGUAUAUAUUUAUCAAAGAAGAACUUUAAAUUUUAAUGGAUAAAAGAGGAUUACAAUAAGAAGGAGGAAACUAAAUUGAUAUUUAAUAAAUUUAACUUGUUUCAUUAUCACAAAUGAAACAAAACAUAAUGAAUGGAAAUAAAUCUAAUUUUAAUAACUAGUAUAGAAAUGAAGCAAAUGAUUAAGAAAAGUAAGCCAUGGAACAAUUCAAAAAAAAAGACGAAGAAAUGGACUUAGUUUUAGAUAGAAUAAAUGAUCAUGCUGAUAUUUUAAAAGGAAAAGCAAUUUAAAUUGGAGAUAAACUUGAUGUUGCUGGAUAAAAAAUUCAAUAAUUAAAUUAAAAAGUUGAUUAAACUUCAAAUUAAUUAGACUCAUCAAAUAAAAAAAUGAAAGAAUUGCUUAAAAAAUACAGGGAACCUAAUAAAUUUUGUUUAGAUUUUAUUUUAAUAGCCUUUUUAUUAGGAUUGCUUGGUGUAGGUUAUACUAUGAUAAAAUGA